AUGCAUGCAUAACCGAGAAGAGAAUGAUUUUGGACGGAAAAGUGCGAAAUAAAAAAGAAAAAGUUUCUGGAAGAGAAAACAAAAUGGCAACGCGAGGAACCGCUGCUGCUGCGUUCGUAAUAUGGAAGCACCAAAGCAACCCUUCUCUUCAAUCUCUGUCAUCGCACCAUUUUUAUCCCAUUUCCAAGCCUCCAAUCAUCCCAAAAGGGUUUAAAUAUCAAAGUAGGGGAAUAAUACAAGGAGCAAGUGUUGAUUCCCCCGUUACAAAAUUGAAGAACAAGGAUGAGUCAAAACCAAAACCUGAGAAUUGGAAAAUCAAAAUGCUUUACGAUGGGGAUUGCCCUCUCUGUAUGCGUGAGGUUAAUAUGCUUAAGGAAAGGGAUGAGGAACAUGGAAAAAUAAAGUUCGUCGACAUCAGUUCCAAUGAUUAUUCCCCGCAAGAAAAUCAAGGGCUUGAUUACAAAACAGUUAUGGGGCAGAUCCACGCGAUUCAGUCCGAUGGAAAUGUGAUAACGGGUGUGGAGGCAUUUAGGAGACUGUAUGAAGAGGUUGGGCUUGGAUGGGUUUACACCAUCACCAAAUUUGAACCAAUAGGAAAGGUAGCUGAUGCAGUGUAUGAUUUCUGGGCCAAGUAUCGACUUAAGGUCACAGGGCGGCCACCUAUAGAAGCUAUUCUUGAAGCGAGAAAGAAAAAUAAGGUGGAGACAUGUGGUGACAGUAAGGCGUGCAAGAUGUGAUGCUUUAAAAGAUUUACAUAUACCACAACCAGUUUGGACAUAAGCUUUAUUUGCCCGCUAUAUGCAAACUUAGUGUUUGUUUGUAUAUCAUAAAUUAAAUAUUUUUAGACCACAUGUUCCUUAGGAAAUAUGAAUAUUUGAAAUCAAAGUCGACACAGU